AUGUCCGUCGACCCAGCGGUCGAGCUGCCUUUCUUCUACGGCAGCAUCAGUCGCACGGACGCCGAGCAGCACCUGAAGCUGGCUGGCAUGUCCGACGGCCUCUUCUUGCUGAGACAGUGUCUCCGCAGUCUUGGAGGCUACGUCCUGUCCGUAGUAUGGAACCUGGAGUUCCACCACUACACCAUAGAGAAACAACUAAAUGGGACCUACUGCAUCACUGGGGGGAAGCCUCACUGUGGCCCCGGGGAGCUCUGCGAGUACUACAGUAAGGACCCAGACGGGCUGGUGUGUCUCCUGCGGAAGCCCUGUCUACGCCCUCCGGAGACGGCAAUAAAGAAUGGCGUCUUUGACAAAAUGAGGGAGAAAAUGCUGAGGGAGUACGUCAAGCAGACCUGGAACCUGGAGGGAGAAGCCAUGGAGCAGGCCAUCAUCAGCCAGGCUCCUCAGCUUGAGAAGCUUAUCGCCACCACCGCCCAUGAGAGGAUGCCCUGGUACCACGGUAAAAUCAACCGACACGAGGGGGAGAGGAGGCUUUACUCUGGAGCACAACCUGACGGCAAGUUUCUAGUCAGAGACAAAGAUGAGCCUGGUUGCUUUGCGCUGUCUGUGAUGUACGGGAAAACCGUUUAUCACUAUCAGGUCCAGCUGGACAAAUCAGGAAAGCUGUCUAUGCCAGAGGGAACCAAGUUUGACACAAUCUGGCAGCUAGUUGAAUAUUUGAAGAUGAAGCCUGAUGGGCUGGUAACUGUCCUCGGGGAGGCCUGCCUGAAUGGAAAAAAUGCUGAAGAGAAACCAGUUCUCCCUGCAGGGAGGCGGCCAAUAGGAAAUGACUACAAACCAGCACCUAUAGCCGCUGCAGCGCCUGUUAAUCGGGUCCCUCUUCCCAUGGAUUGUGAUGGAUUUAACCCAUAUCACAACCCGAAUGAAAUCAAGAGAUUCAACAUCAAGAGGGAACAGCUGCUCAUAGACGAGGUGGAGCUCGGCUCUGGAAACUUUGGCUGCGUCAAGAAGGGAGUCCUCAAGACGGAAUCAGGCCAGGUAGAUGUGGCCAUUAAGGUACUAAAGAGUGAAAAUGAGAAGCUGGUGAAGGAAGAGAUGAUGAGGGAAGCGGAGAUCAUGCACCAACUGGACAACCCAUUCAUUGUCCGGAUGCUGGGCCUGUGCAACGCCGAGAACCUGAUGCUCGUUAUGGAGAUGGCCGCUGCCGGUCCCCUCAACAAGUUCCUCUCCACAAAGAAGGAUUCUGUCUCUGUGGAGAACAUUGUGAAUUUGAUGCAUCAGGUUUCCAUGGGGAUGAAGUAUUUGGAAGAGAAGAACUUUGUGCACAGAGAUCUGGCAGCUCGUAACGUCCUGCUGGUCAACCAGCAGUUUGCCAAAAUCAGUGACUUUGGGCUCUCCAAGGCGCUGGGAGCGGAUGACAACUACUACAAAGCUCGUACUGCAGGCAAAUGGCCUCUGAAGUGGUAUGCUCCAGAAUGUAUAAACUUCCAUAAAUUCUCCAGCAAAAGUGACGUUUGGAGUUACGGCGUCACCAUGUGGGAGGCCUUCUCCUACGGAGGGAAACCCUACAAGAAAAUGAAAGGCCAGGAGGUGACGGUCUUCAUCAACGGUGGGGGCCGUAUGGAGCGUCCACCAGCUUGUCCGGAGAGGAUGUACGCCGUGAUGCUGGAGUGCUGGACAGCUGAGCACGAGAAACGCCCCGACUUCAAGAAGGUGGAAGAGUCCAUGAGGAACUAUCAUUACUCCAUAUCCAGCAAGAGCAAUGCUGAGGGAGCCAUGGCUGAUGCCGAGCCUAGCAAGUAGGCCGGAAAAAAAGGCCCAUUUUGUCUCAAAGCUGCACAAAGCGUCCCUUCAGCCGACCACUGAACUACUGAAACAGAGAGGAUUUUAUGAGCGGCGCAUAAUGACGAGCUUUGAUACAGCUAGACGGGCCUCAUUGACAAUUAAUGUGCAUCUGUAAAGUAGACCUCUGUGUUUCAGCUGUGAAAGGAAGGUUUCUGUCUGUGUGUCUGAAUGUUAAGUGUCUUUGCAUUCAUGAAAGAACUAACUCUGUAAUUUGGUAUUUCUGGACUGUAUGGCUCAUAAAGAAGUGUUGUUUUUUUCUGUCCACCCACCUUAAAGCUUUCAGAAUUGUUUUAAAAGCAUUUGUCUUUUUGUCUUUAAGCCAAAUAAAGU